AUGGAAGAGGAUCGUAUGGGGAUGAGAAUCAACUCUGAAGUCGUCGAGAUAACGAAAGACCCGAAAGGACUCGUCGGGGUGUCGAUCGGUGGUGGUCAUCCGUAUUGUCCCUGUGUCUAUGUCGUUCAACUCUUCGACGGCUCACCGGCGGCCGACGAUGGGAGAAUACGAGCCGGCGAUGAGGUGGUUGCGGUGAAUGGAACGAACGUGAAAGGAGACAAGAAAACACAUGUCGCUCAGCUCAUUCAAACAAGCGCGAAUCCUGUAAAACUCACGAUCAACAAACUCGACAUCGACACUACAAAGGGGAAAACGGUGGAUAUCGUGAUGAAAAAGAUCAAGCAUAAGAUGGUUUCCUUCAUGGAAAAUGAUACGGCCGACGCGCUCGGGCUCUCAAGAGCCAUUCUGUGCAAUGAUCCGUUGCUAAAGAAAAUGCAGCUGCUCGAGGAGAACGCCGAAUUCUACCGUACUCUCAUCGCCUAUUUCACUGAGCUUUGCGAUGCACAAGAGGGAAUUAAUAAAUUUCAGAAAAUGUUUGGUGACGCAUUUUGCGAACUGGCCGCUCAUGAAAGUCAAGCGAACGCAUCAUUGGCUUUCACCGUAUUCGGAGAGGCUCACCGAAGCCUGGGGAAACGCCAGGGUGAAAUGGUGAAAUCGGUUCGACCGCUUAUCAACGAUUUGGUCACCUAUGUUGAGAAAGCGAUUCCCGACACGGAGCUAACCCUUAAAAAAUAUUUGGAUGUCAAAUACGAGUACUUGUCCUAUUGCUUAAAGUUGAAAGAGAUGGACGACGAAGAGGUCGAAUUUCACUCACUACAAGAGAGUUUAUAUAGAGUUGAGACCGGGAAUUAUGAGUACAGGCUAAUGCUUCGAUGUCGCCAAGAGACACGAGAGCGAUUUGUGCGAAUGAGAAACGAUGUGAUGGUGAAGAUUGAGCUGCUCGAUCAAAAACACGUUCGAGACAUCGCCCAGCAGCUCACAAAUCUCGUGAGCGUGCUGCGCGAUUGUCAAACGGAUUGUGCCAGCGCGCUCCUCCAAGCGGCAGCCCCGGCUCCUGUCGAGAUUGACAUCAUUCAGAGAAGUCAAAAGUUUGACCACCGGGCAAGCACGAGUAGUGCCAAUGAGAACGAGGGAGCGGAUGAGAAUGGGGCAGCAGAAGUCUCAGAACCACAGGUUGAUCUUCUCGACGUGAAUGAGCCGGAGAUUGAUCUCAUCUCCAGUGAUUCACCAACGAAUGGGAUUAAUCUCGUCGAAACUAACCUCAUCUCAUUAAAUGAGGAAAAUGCCCAGCAAUCGUCCGGCAACGCGCUGGAAAACCUGCUACAACUG